AUGGCGUGCAUUUCGUUGAACACCUUCCCGAGUGCCAGAAGUAAUGGUGUAAAUACGGCGUUUUCCGGGAAUCCUAGUCACCUUUACAGUUUCUCGCCUAAGGUAAUUUAUCGAUGUUGUUUUCGCGCCGGACCCAUGAAUUGGGACGCUGCGAACCACGGGUGUGGCCGCUUUGCUCGAGUUCUCCGUGAUUCUUCUGGUGGCUUGAGAGGCGGCGAUGGCGGCAUUUAUCGUCAGUCAGGGUUGCCCGAUUUCAGCUGUCUUGGUUCAGUUAAUGGGGCGCCCGCUACUUCUGUUGAAAGAGUGACUGUACUGGUGAUUGGAGGAGGCGGAAGGGAGCACGCUCUCUGCUAUGCCCUCAGAAGAUCUCCAUCUUGUGACGCUGUAUUCUGUGCGCCUGGCAAUGCCGGGAUAUCCAACUCUGGGGAUGCUACUUGUGUUGAGUACCUGGAUAUCACUGACAGCUCGUCUGUUAUCGAUUUUUGCCGCGAAUGGGGAAUCGGGCUUGUCGUGAUUGGACCGGAGGCCCCUCUCGUGGCUGGUCUUGCCAAUGAUCUUGCCAGUGCUGGGAUUUUCACUUUCGGGCCAUCCUCGGAAGCAGCAGCUUUGGAAGGCUCGAAGGAUUUCAUGAAACGGUUGUGUGACAAAUAUGCUAUUCCGACUGCUAAGUACAAGACAUUCACAGACCCAUCAUCCGCGAAAGCAUACAUCAAAGACCAAGGCACUCCCAUAGUCAUCAAGGCUGACGGCUUAGCCGCGGGCAAAGGAGUCAUUGUGGCCAUGACGCUGGACGAGGCGUAUGAAGCCGUUGACUCCAUGCUCGUGAAGAACUCCUUCGGGUCUGCUGGCUGCCGUGUGAUAAUCGAGGAGUAUUUGGAAGGUGAAGAAGCAUCUUUCUUUGCCCUAGUAGAUGGGGAGAAUGCGAUACCUCUCGAGUCCGCCCAAGAUCACAAAAGGGUCGGUGAUGGGGAUACGGGCCCCAAUACUGGUGGAAUGGGGGCUUAUUCUCCCGCCCCUGUCCUGACGAGGGAGCUACAGUCAGUCGUGAUGGAAUCUAUCAUUUAUCCCACGGUGAGGGGAAUGGCAGCCGAGGGGUGCAAGUUCGUUGGGGUUUUGUAUGCGGGUUUGAUGAUUGAGAGGAAGUCUGGGUUGCCGAAGCUGAUAGAGUAUAAUGUGCGCUUUGGGGAUCCCGAGUGCCAGGUACUAAUGGUUCGUCUAGAGUCCGACCUAGCCCAAGUUCUACUUGCGGCCUGCAAGGGCGACCUGGACAGCCUAACCCUAGACUGGUCACCCGGGUUUGCCAUGGUCGUGGUCAUGGCCAGCAAGGGGUACCCAGGUGACUACCAGAAAGGGACAGUCAUCCGGAACCUCGACGAGGCAGAGCAGGUGGGCCCCACUAUCAAGGUGUUCCAUGCUGGCACGGCACUCGACUCGGACGGGAACUAUGUGGCCAACGGUGGGCGUGUGCUUGGAGUCACGGCCAGAGGGGCCGAUCUCAAGGAGGCGCGGGACAGGGCAUACGAGGCCAUCGACCAGAUUCAUUGGCCGGGAGGGUUCAACAGACGAGACAUUGGCUGGCGGGCCCUACCACAGAAGAAUGUGAAGUGA